CCAGGGGGCGGUCCCUCGCUCGUCCUUCCCCCUGAGUCUCCGGUUGUUGGGGGUUUGGGGGGGAUUACCGACACCAUUCUUCGACAGAGGGAGAGAGCUGCUCAGCCCCGGCAGCCAGUGCUAAUAUAAAGAUGGCUUGUUGAAAUCUCGUGAUCUCUGGUUGUGAAGGAAGGCGUGGAGAUCCUGCAGACAUCAGAUACAGCAGCACAAGGACAGCCCUGGCAUUCAAGUCCCCUAGAUGGAUGACCUUUUCUUCCUUUUGGGAUGGCAAUGAGAACUUCAUAGAGGACCUCCCACUGGUGUGAGCCUGGUUCUACAGAAACAAAUGGCACCUUAGAAGAUCAUCGGCAUCUGCACUGUGCAGAAUCACCAGAAGUGCUGUCAAAGCCUUUUCAAUCAAAUUACAUGUGUAAAUCACUGCGUUAUUGUGUGAGCCACUGUCUUUAUGCAGUAAUGACUAAACUGGAGGAAAUCAACAGAGAAGCAAAUAUGCAUUCCUCAAUACGAUAUCUUGGCUACCUGGCAAAUAUAAGUUUGCUAGUGGCAAUUUGUAUGGGCCUGUACGUCCGAUGGGAGAAAACGGAAAAUAUAUUAUUGCUUGUGAUAUUCAUCCUGGGACUUUUUGUGCUUGGCAUUGCUAGUAUUUUGUACUAUUACUUCUCCAUGGAAGCAGCAAGUUUGAGUCUGUCGCAUCUCUGGUUUGGAUUUUUACUUGGUCUUCUCUGUUUUAUAGAUAACUCUAAAUUUAAAACUGAUGCAAAAGAAGAAGCCACCAAAUAUUUACUAUUGACCAGCAUUUUGAUUAGAAUUUUGUGGUCAGUAGUGGAGCGAGUGUGUGGAUGUGUCCGACACCAACCUGCCCUUUUAACAUCUGCAGAAUGUCUGGAGCUGGUUGGAUUUGCUAUAGCCAGCACUGCCAUGUUGAUGCCCAACUGCUUGAGUGUUAUUUUACUUGUUUUUGCUUUGUCAAUGUUGAUUGUUGAUUUACGGAUGAAGUCCUUCCUGGCAGUUCCAAACUUGAUAAUCUUUGCAGUGAUUACGUCCCUGUUGUUUUUUCCAUCUUUGAAAAUUAGCACUAAUCCCUUUGCCUUGGCUUGUUAUUUCAGCCGUCUAAUUUGUGACCCAUUACUGGAUCUUUACUUUAGUGGUUUAUCUGUUACUGAACGUUGGAAACCUUACUUGUACGGCCGGACACUAUGUAGACGAAUUUCUAUUCUUCCUGUAGCAGCUAUUGAGCUGAUAUUCUUCAUUCUUGCUGCAUUAAAGUUAAAUAACUUAGACCGUUGGUAUUUUAUGAUACCAGGAUUUUCUAUCUUUGGGAUCUUCUGGUUGAUCUGCCAUAUAAUUUUUCUCAUAACUUUCUGGGGUUUUCAUACUAAGCUCAAUGACUGUCAAAAAAUCUACUAUACUCAUAGAAUAGAUAAUAAGAGUCUGGACUGUGUUAUGGCAUCCAAAGGAAUGCGUCAUUUUUGCUUGAUUUCUGAGCGGUUGGUCUUUUUCAGCCUAUUUUCCACAGCAGUUCUGGGUGCAGUCUCUUGGCAGCCAACGAAUGGGUCAUUCAUGAGUGUGUUCCUCAUUGUUUUACCGUUGGAAUCCUUAGCUCAUGGUCUUUUCCAUGAAUUGGGUAACUGUUUAGGAGGAACGUGCGUAGGAUAUGCCAUUGUAAUUCCUACAAAUUACUGCAGUCCUGAUGGUCAGCCAACACUCCUCCCUCCUGAGCAUGUGCAAGAACUAAACUUAAGGUCUACAGCCAUAUUAAGUUCCAUCCAACGGUUUUUUGCCUAUCACAUGAUCGAGACUUACGGUUGUGACUAUUCCACCAGCGGCUUUUCUUUUGACACUGUUCAAUCCAAAGUAAAGGCAUUUCUUGACUUGCGUACUUCAGAUGGACCCAGACAUGACACCUACAUAUUGUAUUAUAGUGGACAUUCUCACAGCUCUGGCGAAUGGGCGUUAGCAGGAGGAGAAACUUUGAGAUUGGAGACAAUCAUGGAGUGGUGGAAAGAGAAGAAUGCGGACUUCUGCUCCCGCCUGAUAAUUGUUUUAGACUCUGAGAAUGCACUUCCAUGGAUUAAAGAUGUAAGAAGACUCAGUGAAACUUUCAUUGCUGUGCAAGGUGCAAAACUGGCCAAAGAAGUCAAUAUUGAAGAAGCGGAUCCUCCUCAACUAGGUGACUUUACUAAAGACUGGGUGGAAUAUAACUGCAACCUUGACAACAACAUUAGCUGGUCAGAUAAAGGAAGAACAAUAAUGGCUGAUUAUGGUAUAUCAAAAUCAUGGAGUGAUUACACCCUUCACUUACCAACAGGAAAUGAUGUUGCCAAGCAUUGGAUGAUUUACUUCCCUCGUAUUACUUAUCCUCUGAUUCACUUGGCAGACUGGUGUGGGAGGCUGAACCUGUUCUGGAUGUGUAAUGUUUGCUUUAGAUGUUUCAAAAGGUUGAAGAUGAGGUGGUUCCCACCCACAGUCCUGGAUACAGGACAAGGGUUCAAACUUGUGAAGUCAUGACAUUGUCUUUAAUGUCAAAUACUUAGGACUUUGUAUUGCACUUACAGGAAUCCUUCCAAAGAUUUUGGUGUAACUGUCUGUAUGAAGGUUAAUGGGCUACAGUUGCUGAAAAGUUACUGAUUUAUCCCAAGCUUGCAUUUCUUAAACUCAACAGAUUUCAGGGUUCAUCAGGGCUUAAUACCAUUUUUUUUUAAGCUGUAUAUAUGUGUUGUUACAUACUGCAAUAUUUCUUACGUGGUUUCGCAAAGUAUACACAAGCAAUUACUGCAAUGAGAUGGUGACCGUUACAGCACUCUGUAGUGCACAGAGUUCAAAUUGACAAGCGUAACUAAUGUUUUGACACAAAUUAAAAUGGAAAAUAAUGCAUAUUAGUUAAAAUAUUACCACCAGAGCAGAAAAAGGGAAUGUGGCAACCAAAUGUUGAGCAUGCUAAACAAUAGAGUUUUGGUUUCAGAAAAUAUACUUUAUGAAAGUUUUUUUUUAAAAAGAAAUGUUCAAAAGCCUAGACUGCGGAAUAUUCCUUAAAUUUGAUAGUCCAAUUUAAUAUUGUUACUUGCUCUCAAUUGACCUUCUUUAUACAGCAUCAUCACAUCGGAGACAAACUUGAGGAUUGCAGUAGUGUUUAUACAAGACCAGGGCAAGCUAUGACAUAUCAUCAACCUUAAUUGCCCCAGUGAAAAUUACUUCAACCUUUGGUUCAUCUGUUGAAAGGUUUGCUGAUAUUCUAAAACUUUGCGACUUUAAUACUUAGAUACAUUCUUCACCAAUGGUAUUGGCCUUUUGUUUAAGAUUAGGGUGGAUUUUUUUUUGCAAAGUUAUGCCGUCCAACAAAGCAAUUCAUUUAGUAGUUGCGAGCCAAGUUAAAUUGUUACUAUUCAGUUUAAGGUGAUCUAUGCUAAAUUAGGCUUUUAACUAAGGAAUUGAAGAAAAUCCCACUAGUUGCCAGAAUUUCCUUAUCUGCCACAAUCGUAACUCUGGAGGUUUCUUAAUUCAUAUGCAAUGACACAUGGUUGUUACUGAGUUCAAUAUGAAAACGUUAUGUUGCGCAUCACAAUGGAUUGCAAAUGAAAAUGGAGGCAUUCUUUUAAAGCCACCUGCUGUGUGUAUCGUUUGUACAAACUGUCAAAAUAAAUUUUAUUUCUAGUAAUUUUCUAAAA